AUGACUAGUCAUCUGCCUCUUGUUAGAAUUAGAACAGAUCAUGGUUUUGAGUUUGAGAAUUCUCAGUUUCUGAAAUUUUGUGAGGAGAUGGGAAUUAAGCAUGAGUUCUCUGCACCUAUUACACCUCAGCAAAAUGGUGUUAUGAAAAAAAAAUAUAGAGUUCUUGUUGAGAUGGUUAGGAUGAUGCUCAAUAGCAAAAAUUUUGCUAAAUAUUUUGAGGUCCGAAACCAUCAUGUCAAUAUUGAUGACUUUGCUGCCUCUACUGAGAUGGCAUUAGAUGAGGAUGGUCUUUUAUCUUCUAUGCUUGAGGGAGAAUCUUCAGGUUUGGAUCUAGUGGUUGACCUGUCAACCUUUAGCAAAUCGAAGCAUGAUAGGAAGCCUUCUCUACUUGACUGCAAGAAUACCUGA